CCCGGAAGGGUCUUGUCAUCCUAUCCCUUCACAAAAUUACAACAACGGACACAGAAACCACCGCUUUCGUAGCUAUCUAAACGUAAAAUGUAAACAUUGCUGUCCUUAUUUUAACCAGUCAGUUAUUUUGUAGCACGCUACUAGCUAACUAAUGACGGACUUCUACAGGGUCAAGAAUAUGCCCCAAUGCCGUGUCUUUAGCUUACAAGUAUAAAUCAGUCACCGGUUGUUUUGGCGUGGAGUGGUUUUUAGUCCCUAACGUUACUCGCUAGAGAGUUGGAUACAUUGACAGAAAAGGACAGUCUAACAUUUUUUUUGUUAGCAACAAUUCAAGUCACUGUUUUUUUUCUUCCGACGUUCAGUUGCAAUCAUUAACACUGGCAGCGCGAGCACAUUAUAUCAAACCUGCAAGUCAAACGUCAUCACGUAGCUACCUUUUUAAUGGAACAUUUAUGAAUCUGUACUCGGCUCUGUCAAGCCACCAGGGUAUUUUCGUUGCAUCGGGAACAGGAACUCUCAAUUCCGCUUUCUCUUUUAGGUAGAGGAGGACAAGCUUUUUUCAAGAGCUCCUUAUUGUAGGUUCACAAUAAUUAUGGAGCAGCAGCACACGGGCUGUGUGAACCUUUGUAGUCUCACGAGCACUCUACCGGUGAUACCCUAUCAAAAGCUGACGGACUUGCAUUACCUGAGUAAAGGUGGGUUCGGAACCGUGUUCAAGGCACAGCAUUGCGAUUGGCGGACCACCGUUGCCAUCAAGUGUCUGAAAUUGGAUUCGCCUGUUGGCGAAAGGGAGAGGAAUUGCCUACUGAAGGAGGCGGAGGUGCUUCACAAGGCCAGGUUCAACUACAUCAUCCAAAUCUUUGGCGUGUGCAACGAGCCUGAGUUCUUCUGCAUUGUCACUGAGUACAUGAGCAAUGGUUCUCUGGAUCAGCUGCUUCACGAGAAGACAGUGUACCCCCUGCUGGCCUGGUCGUUGAGGCUGCGUGUCCUGUACGAGAUAGCUCUAGGGGUUAACUUCCUACACAACAUGACCCCACCCCUCCUGCACCACGACCUCAAAACGCAGAACAUUCUGCUCGACGGAGAGUUUCAUGUCAAGAUAGCAGAUUUUGGCCUGUCUAAAUGGCGUCAGCUGUCCAUCAGUAAAGGCUCAGGAUCCAAGCCACCUGAGAUGGGGGGCACCGUCAUCUACAUGCCACCCGAAGCUUACGAACCCUCCAAGAGCCGCAGGGCAGACGCCAAACACGACAUGUACAGUUACGCAAUCAUUAUGUGGGAGGUGCUGGCCAGGAGGAUACCAUUUGAAGAGGCGACCAACCCCAUGCAGAUCAUGUUCAGCGUGCUGCGGGGGGCACGUCCGGAAACAGGCCUGGACUGUCUGCCAGGGGACAUCCCCAGCAGGGAGACACUCAUCAACCUCAUGACUUUCGGCUGGACCGCUAACCCCGACGAACGGCAAUCCUUCCUCCAGUGUGUGAUGGAGCUGGAGCCAAUGCUGAGGAGGUUCGAUGAAAUCAACGUCCUGGAGGCUGUGCUGGAGGUCAAGAAGUCAAAGCUGAUGAGGCGGGCAAGCUGUUACUCUGCCACACCCGUGGUGUGUGAGAGGGGGAGGGAAGAGGAGAAGUCUCUGAACAUUCUGAAGAACAACCCCAGUCCCUGGCCAGGAAGCUCCACCUCUGGCUCUGGGUCUUGCUCCUCCCAGGACACGGACAUCUCCCAACCAAGCUCCCUCACGAGCACCAAUGCUCCGCCUUCUAAAGAAGUGUCCCCCUCGUUGUUCAUGCCCCACACACUGGAGCCUCCGCAGCCCCUCAGAGAGCUUAGCCAUGGGGACAACAACCUCAACAACUACCCCCAGAGCGCCAGGCCCCUGGAUGAGCUCAACAUUCCCCUCAAACCAGAUCUGCCUGAAACGGAGUGUGUGACGUACCUGGACAACCUCACCCUGAAGCCACAGCCAUACCAACCCCAGCCAGACUUCAACCCAUCUUCGGAUCCCCCCGACCCAAUGCUGGGCCCUGUGGCGCGCUGGAUCGCAGCGCGGCGCGAGGAUAUCGUUUCCCAGAUGACGGAGGCCUGUCUGAACCAGAGCCUGGAUGCCCUGCUGGCUCGCUCUCUCCUGAUGCUCGAGGACUACGAGCUGGUGGUGAACCGGGCCACGCGUACCGCCAAGGUCCGCCAGCUCCUUGACACCUGCCACCGCCACAGCGAGGACUUCUGCCGCGUGGUGGUCCGCAAGCUCCAGGACAACAAGCAAAUGGGCCUGCAGCCGUACCCCCCAGAGCUCAGCUCCCCUGUGGCCGUGCCAAGCCCCAGCGCACCGCCACUCUCUGUGUCCUACAACAACCCUAGGAAAUACUAGAACAGAACUAGACCAGAGACUAAACUGUUCCAAGACUUUUAGCUCUUUGAGCUAGGUAGUGGAAGAAGCCUCUACGGUCUGUUCGUCCUAGGUUAUAUUCAUUAGGCACCAAAUGGAAGAAAACUAACUGAAACAGGGAGGGACUACCUAAACUUGUCCAAUAAGACACUUGUUUUCCUUUGCACAUUGUUUUGCUACGGUGUGCACUAGUGAAUACGACCCUGGGUUUUGACUGUGAACUUUGAAUUUAGUGUGGUAAGGUCAAGCCCAGCUGUCGUUUCAUAUUGCUCAUCGUGGUACCUACUUUCCUGCCCACUCACACAGGACAUUCUCUGUUGCUACUGUUCAUUGAACUGAAGGUGCCUAGAAGUUGAGCUUAAGAACUUGAAGGUAAAGAUGCCUUUUGGAAAAACAACCAGUAUUCACUAAAUUUCACCUGUUCUCUGAAAGCAGAGAACUGGUUGGGUUUAGCAAUCAUAAUCAAAAACCUGUUAGAAUGUAAUCCAGGCUUUGAAGAAUUAGAUUAUGGAUUUUAUGUAAUUUGACAGGUAAAUCAUCUCGUUCUCUUGAAGCAUUCCCUAUAUUCUGAGUGAUUGGGGUAUGGGCCUGAGUUCUGCUUCUAUGCAUCUUUCUGUUAUUGUUGUCCCCCCCUUUGCACUGAAUGGUUAUAUCCAGAGACAUACUGUAUAUCCAGAGAGAGACUGUGUAACAUCAUACUUAUCUAAGGCUCUGAUUUCACUCUUGAGUGGACAUUCUAGAACCGGGGUAUUGAGCUCUUACACUACAAGGUCCGGAGCCUGCUGGUUUUCUGUUAUACCUGAUUAUUAAUUUCACCCACCUGGUGUUCCAGGUCUAAAUCAGUCCCUGAUUUAAGGGGGAACAAUGAAAAAAGAUAGUGGGACUGGCUUUGAGGUCCAAAGUUGAGUUUGAAGGGUCUCUAUGGGUCUGGGUGGGACCCAAUUACUGUGACUGAAAUUCUGUAGUUGACCCUCUGAUCCGGGUCUAUGUAAGUACAGCUGAUAGACCAGAGUGCACAUGAAUGGAUCUGACCACGUCUCUGCAUUACCUAAAAAUGUUUUAUUUUACGCUAAUAAGGUGAAUCUAUUGACUUAUGGAGAGCCAACAUAUAAAGACCUAUUUAUUAGCCGGAAGAUAAACUUGGCUGAUUAACAUAAAUUUGUCACUCUGGUACAAUCGGAUCUGGUGUAGACCCUGACCCCUUAAGGUAUGGGUCCGGUCUACGUCUGGUUGUUCUUGGGUCUGUUCGGGUCCAGAUCUCCCUUUUUUAUUUUUUUUUAAUAUAAAUAUAAAUAAUAUCCAGGUCUGAUAAGAUACUCGACUGGACUUCUGCCAUUUUGAAGUUAUGUAGCUUUGUAUCUUACAUGGUAUUUUUUUUUUUUUUUUACAACUGCCUUUUCAAGACGGUUUUUAUUUAUCUUAUAAAGGAGCUUGCGUUGACAUUGACAUAGGAUGUGCCAAGUCAGUGAAUUUUGGUUUGGUGUGUUGAUGUCGCUACUGUAGAGUUAAUCCUUAGUCUUCAUCUUGACAAGUUUACAUAUUGUGACAGACACAAUAACACUGUAGCCAGAAAGCAGAAAAUAAGGUCAUGUAGCUAAUGUAGAUCAGAGUGUACCAGGAUCUGUCUGUAGCUAUUUUGGUACUCUCCUUGGACUCAAUGGUCUCCGUUAUGGGUGGUUUUUGUAGACAUGUUUUUUGCGAUAGAGGUCAUGGCCCAUACUUAUACAAAUCUCUGCUUGCUCUACAUGUUUUGGUACAAGACCAGUGAAUGGAUAGAGCAGGUUUUAGUCAUUGAGCCAAGUGCUAAAUAUAGUAACAUGUCCCUCAGCAGCUUAGAGCUGUGGUUGGUUAUCCUGCACUUUGACACAAACAUUCAGCCUCAGAUUGCGGCACUCUGGGUGUGUGAUGCUAAAGUAGAGUCAGUCAGAGCUGUUUUUUCCCACCUAAAGUUUCCAUCAUCCGGGGCUUUCGGCCAGGGGAGGGGGAUCCCUACAGUAGAAACCGGUCACAGAAGAAGCUGCCAGUGACACACACUGAAGAGACUGGUGUAUGUUUGUCUAAAGUGGGCCAAACCAAACUGUUUUAUGUGGAACACUUCAUCACUUCAUGAAUUGCAUGGACUUCAUAUUUCAUUCAGUUUUGUCAGCACAUGACAGGUCCCGAGUAGCAAAGGGCACUUCCUGGGACACAUGACUGGAAAUUGAAUCAUACUAUAGCUUUUAUACAAAUUAAAUCUAUAUACCAUAGAGUAAUUACAGUUUUUAAAGUCACAGUCAAAUGUAACUAUCUGCUCUAGGUAGGUGAUCAUUUUCAGCCUUGAGGUUGGAGCAAGCAUAAGGGCCAACUAAAUCUGAGCUCUAUAACUAGCUAGCUACAAUGUACCCUCAAUCUUGGCGCUAUAGCUAGCUGUCAACAAUGCACACUAUCGCCUAUAGAAGCCUCAGCAGGGACCCUGUGUUAUGACUGUUUCUCACCUUGGAUCUCUCCUCUUCUAAUACAUAUCCAGAAAUGACUAAGUGCCAAAAUACACUGUAGUUAAGCAAUUUCCUGAUAAAACAACUUUUCCCGUGGUUACCUCACCAUCGUUUCUGUUUCUCUCUGUCAGUGAUGUGUGCAUGCAAUGUCUCCACAUAGGGAACCAAGAGCGCCACUAAAUCAGAGACGUGUAGUUUCUAGAAGCCUUACCGUCAAUGCACUUCCUUAAAUGAGUUCUGGAGUAUCAUUACCUAGGGUCUGUGCCCCCACAAUUGUGACCCUUCAAAAUUGAAGAGCACUGGCUGAGGGGAUUUAGUGUUUUUUAUUUAUUAAUCUAGGUGUUCUUACCUAUUUUAUUUGUGCUGCAGAAUAAAGUACGUUCAUUGUUUACCCCCAUUAUGAGGGUGCUCUUUGUAAGUUUAUCAGCUUUUGUUGAAUUAGAACAUGUGCUGUGUCAGUGGUAUAGAGUGGCAACUGGCAAGCCAAAGCCAGCCAGGAGAGAAACUCUUCCAAAAUCCUCUGGACUUUUACUGCCUUGUUUUCAAUACUGUGCCUCCAUAUAUUCAAAAUGUUUGAUUUAUUUACCACAAUUAUUUUCUCACGUGAUAUUUGCACAAAACUCCAGAUGUUAUCAAAUUACAUUUUUCUUACAUUCCUAGUCAUCUUGAUAUACUUUUGGACAAAAUGUUGUAUAUGUACAACAGUCUUCUUAUUGCUCUAUUCUAUUUAUCUUAAGCUGAACUCUUGCCUAGUUCUAAACCAGGAGGUGUUAGUUAGAAAAGUGUCUGAAGAAAUCAUUGUUUACAUGGAAUUCCUUCAAGCAGCCAUCAGCAUUGCCAUAUUCAGGGCCAGUGUUCUGUUUUAUCCAUAUACUUAUGUACUUUUUUUUCCAUAUCAUUAGCAACAAUAUUAAAUAUCCUGUAUACAUAAUGUGUACACUGAGUAUACCAAACAUUAGGAACACCUUCCUAAAAUUGAGUUGCCCUUUUGCCCUCAGAACAACCUCAAUUCGUCAGGGCAUGGACUAGAAUUUGCCAAGCGUUCCACAGGGAUUCUGGCCCAUAUUAAUUCCAAUGCUUCCCACGGUUGUUUCAAGUUGGCUGGAUGUCCUUUGGGUGGUGGACCCUUAUCAAUACAUACAGGAAACGGUUGAGUGUGAAAAACCCAGCAGCGUUGCAGUUCUUGACACAAACCGGUGCACCUGGCACCUACUACCAUACCCUGUUCAAAGGCACUUAAAUACCCUCUGAAUGGCACACACUCACAAUCCAGUUCUCAAUCGUCUCCAGGUUUUAAAAUCCUUCUUUAACUUGUCUACUCCCCUUCAUCCACACUGAUUUUUGAAGGGUAUUUAACAAGUGACAUCGGUAAGGGAUCAUAGCUUUCACCUGGUCAGUCUGUCAUAGUAGGUAUUCUUAAUGUUUUGUAUACUCAGUGUAAUAUGUAGUACUGAAGCAUCUUUUGGCAGAAGUAUAAUUCAAUAUUUACUGUAUAUGUAUUGCAUGAUGUUUUUGAUACCGUUACGCUUUAUUGCUGUGUCAUUAAAGUGUGUGAUCCUUC